AUGGCUCAGCCACCAUUCGAAAGUCGACACGAGCUUAACAAGGAAUGGGAUGUUCUAAACUCUGCCCCGGGAUCAAAACGUCUACCCGGUCAUCCUAGACUGGAGCAGAACGAUGCAGCAGUGCGUCAAUUUCUUCGUCAAGAGUUCGAUCUCGGGGACCUCGCCAUAUUAGCCCCUAGAUUAUGGAUCAUGUCAACGCAAGAUAGCAGCAACAUUUCGGCUCUGCAUCGCCAAAAAGUCAAAGGCCGAGAUAUUGUAAUUACUGAGGAAGCUCGACUGCAUGGGGUAUGGUACUACAACCGUAUAUUCUUAAAACCGCUUCCCCAGUAUCUUCUAUCCUAUCAAUUUUGGGAAACAUAUCUCUUGCCUCGCACAUCGCCGCUAGGAAUAGAACGCGAGCUAAUAUACAAAGUUGCUUUGGGAUACUUGCGGACUUAUUUUUACCUUAUCCGCCACGAGUCUGAUUAUCGAAUUGCCACAGAUGAAGAGUUGCAACUGGUUCCAAAGGGAAUAACAUGGGAACAGUUUUGCGAUUUCUCUAAAACGUUUGGCCGGAUACCCGAUAAUGAAGUCUGCGAGCGUUACAAAUAUGGAGAAAUCCGAUUGUCUCGCCUAAACUUCUACAUUAAGUUUUUCCUCAAAAAGCAACAUUUCCACCGUAUCAACAGUCAGUAUGGGGCAUAUUUUGCUCGUAUCUUUGGGCCUAUUCUCGUUGUAUUUGGUAUCUUGUCGGUACUGCUUAGUGCUAUGCAACUUGAAAUGGCAGUUGAGCAGCUAUACGUAGACCAUCAAUGGACGGUGUUUUGGCUUGGCAAGAUGGGAGAUGAGACUAGCGACAAAGAGCCUCUUUACGUCUACGUAAUGGAUCGCAUGAACGAUGUCGCCAAGUUUUUUGCGCUUUCAUGGAAUGCCCCUCAGCCAGUGGACCCAGACUAUCGAGGCCAGCUACAGAAGAAAUACACCAAGGAGCUCACAAUGUUGCAAGCCGCUCUACCCAGUCGCUUUCAACCCAUUAUCAAAACAUGUAUUGGCUCCAUGGAACACAAUUUUCUCCUUGCCGAUAGUGCUUCUCCAUCAAGACUUUUCAUCGUUUAA